GAACAACUCAAAUCAAACUCAAACAAACCUCUUAAACAUAUUCUUUAGCUUUAAUCUCCUCUCUCUUUUUCUAGCUACAACACAUAACUAGACACAAUAUUCCUAACUAUACUCAAUUUUUCAAUGGAUUCAUCUCAUAUAUCUUCUUAUGUAAACUUCAGUUGCGAACUGAGAAUAAUACAAGCUCGAAACAUCGAAAUCAUCAAGCCCACGAAAAACUUGUUUACAAGGUUGUAUCUUCCAACAGGAAACAACAAAAGAAUUCAACUCAACAGCAAAAAUGUUUCAAGCAAAUCAGUACCUUUUUGGGACGAGUCUUUUAAUCUAGAUUGUUCUUGCCCCCAAGAAUUCUUAGAAAACCUUAAUCAACAAAGCCUAGUGUUAGAGCUAAGGCAUACAAAGAUAUGGGGGUCACAACUUAUUGGUAAAGGUGAGAUUCCAUGGAAGGUGAUUCUUGAAUCACAAAAUAUGGAGUUGAAAAAAUGGUUGAAAAUGGAUUUGGUGAAUGGAAGUGAUUGCAAAGAGGGUAUGUUCACAAUACCAGAAGUGGAAGUGGAAAUUAAAAUAAGAGUGACUUCAGUUGCUGAGAUGGAAAAACAGAAUAAGAGGAGAUUGAAUAAUUGGAACGAGUGUGGAUGCAAAAAUGGACAUGAUCAUCAAGCUUGGUGCAACACUGAAGACUAUGAUAUAUUUGCCCUUGGAGCAGCUUUGGAGGCUUUUUGAUUUUGAUGCAAGAUUAUGUGAUGCACAUAUGAACUAACAUAGUUAAUUAGUUUAUCAUUAUAAUGGAUUGAUUUUUUUGACAAAAUUAUAAUGGAUUGAUUAUAUACUCUAAAAUGAUUUUGCAAAGGCAUUAAUAUUUUAGUAUUUGAAUAUUUUUUUUUGACAAAAGUAUUUGAAUGUUACUGUACACAGAUUUUGAGUAACAUUUAAAAAACUGUUACCAACAAAUGUUACUCGUAGGUUUAAAUGUGGUAGUGUGACUAUAAUACAUAAUAAUGUAUUGGCAAGUGUAAUAAAUAAAGUAAGGUGGCUUAAAAAUAUUAAAAUAUGACCAGGCUGCGCGUAUUGUGAAUGAAAUUGAAUUUGUUGUAGUCAGUCAUCUUUGCAUCACGCAGUCAGUAUUAUCGAGAUCGAGUUAUUUAUGGUUUUAUCAUGUAACUUGUGUUCCAAAAUCAUGAAUAAAUCAUCAAUUUAGCAACUAAAAA